CUAGCUACCGAAAUUGCAAUGUUGUGAGAAAUUCGAAAGAAAGAGUUAACAAACAUCGAUCAGUUGUUGUGGGAUUGUGGCAAUAAGUUCAAGCAUCUUUAUUAUUGAACUAUGCUAGGAGUUUUAUCUAAUGGAUUUCAAAUCAAGAUACAGACGAGAAUGUCUACUAAAAGGAACUUCACCUCUACAUGUCAUCGAGGCUUGUUUGGCAGAUGCCAUUCUUAAUUUCAAAUUUUUCCGAAUACCACUUACUGAAUGGAAUCCUAUUUUGUCUGCCUUGAAAAGUAGUUUUACUAUUAAAAAAAUUUGUGUGGCCAGUGAUGUUGACCUAGCAGUCAACGACAAAAUUCACAAACAAAAGCUGAAACAUCUUAAUUCAUUUAUGGAAAGCCUUAGUGUUCAUUUGAGCCACAAUCAUAUUUUGACCAAAUUGGAAUUAGUUGGUUUACCUUUUAGUUAUGCAGAUAUUCAACAGCUUAGUAAGGGAAUUGUUGAUUCGGAUUCAUUGCAGCAUAUCAGCCUUGCAGGAAGCAAAAUUUGUGAUGAAGGAUUAAUAAAUAUUUCAGAGGCCAUUAAAAUGAAACCCAAUAUUGUGUGGCUAGAUUUGAGAAGUUGUGGCUUGACAUGUAGUGCAGGAAAACCACUGGUGUCACUUGUACAUUUCCAGGCUGUAGCCAGAGAAAAUGCUGCUUGGAAAGCUUCUUUAAGAGGAGAGACUCCAAAUUUAGACUUGAUGGGAGGAUUAAGAAGACUUUCUUUGAGUUGCAACCAGCACCUAUGUGAUGCUGUAAGACAUUUAGCUGUGGUUUUGUAUGAAGAUCGAUGGAUUAAAGCAAUUGAUUUACAAUAUUGUAACCUGGAAAACACUCAUAUAGAACAGCUUAUAAGAGCUGCAGAACAAAAUCAGUCCUUAAUUUUUCUUGACAUAAACAAUAAUAAUAAUUUAAAUUCUAAACUGCUGAACAAGUUGAAAGAAGUUCUCAAGUCUAAUUCAUUAAAGCAGCCUUCUUUCAUAUUUGAGUCUAUCAACCUACCAAAGCACCUUUCAAAUUUUGUUUUAGCAAAUCAGGUAAAACAAAAUUAUUUAGUGAAGGAUCUUACAUCUUCCAAAGAAAUCAAUCCAAUUGCUAAGGCUGAGAAUAAAUCAAAUUCACGAAAUCAUACAAAAUGUUCCGACGCAGCGAUCGAAAAUAAACCUCUGGAGCAACUUACAGAUCCAAUGAUUGACCUAUUGAACGAAAGGAAGUUACGGAGCGUUGCAGAGCAACAAGUGAUCAAAAUGCGUAGUGAAAUGGAGUCGGCAAGAACUAGGAUUACUAAAUUAGAGGAGGAUGUCGUACAUCUUGGCGCUAAACAAAAAAUGCUACCAAUGAAACCCAUGCUUUCUGAUCCCCCUAAGGUUGUUAAAAACGACAUUUCAAAUGAUUCCUUGACCCAAAGUUUUCUAAUUUGCUUGGAGCGACUUCAGGACGUUUUGAAAGAGCUGAAGCUUACUUCUGCUGUCUCCCAUCGUCGUUCGGAUACAAAAGAUCCAAGCCAAGAAAUUCAAGGAAUCCUCGAUUCCGUGUAUGCUGCCGUUCGCGAAUUUGCCCCCAAAAUGAACCACUUGAUAUUAGAAUCCUGCAGGCCGUUGACAAAGGCAGAAGAAACAUCAAACGAAACGAUUUCAAGGAAAGGAAAGGGGAAAAAACCUGUCGAGCAAUGCAGUGACAAGCAAGAAAAUUCUUCAUUCUCAUUCAAUCAAAAGGUGAAAGAAAGAUACGUAUACUCGGAAAAUCUCUUCGACGUCUUGGAUAAAAAUCAUCGGUGCGAAUCUGUUUCUACAACAACGAGUGGUAAAAUGCAAACUUCAGUGAUGGUCAAGGGCAGUCUCACUCGAGACAUCAAUUUAGUUAAAUCUGCUUCUCCUAUACCUCCACAAUUCGACGCACAACAAAAAGGGCAAAAUGAUGUUUCAUUGGCUAGCUCACAAGAUGCUUCGAGAAACGUUACAAACAAUUAUUGUGUAAAUUCGCUCAAAAAUCUACAAAGCAAUUUAGAGGAAAUAUUGCAGGAGCUCAGUGAAAAAAUCGACAAUGCUUCCUCUGAUGCAACGAAUUCAAGAUCUCAGUUAUUAACUAUCAAUGGAAACUUAUCCGACUUAACCAACCAAGAAGCAGAACCACACUACAGCAUGGAUUUUGACUCCUUUUGUACGUCGAAAAACUCCGUUUCGACCAUUUCAAAUGAUGAAAAGUGUCGCCCUUCGAGUUCUAGAAGUAAAAAGCGGAGAAAUUUCAGUUCACAAGAACCUAAGGCCUUCUCAUCGUCAUCUUCAAGCAUUAAUUUGUCAUCUAUUGUCGAUCUGUUGGGAAACUUUAGUGUAGAAGAUAUUGGCAGCAGCACGUUGACACCUCCUUAAAAUAUUAAAAGAAAAUCAAAUUAUGUGAACUGAAUUUGUUCCGAAAGGAAUAUUGUGUCUUAAUUAUAAAAUAUAAAUAUUGGUCUGUUGCUUAACGAACAAAUACUAUAGAAAUUUCAAGGUUUUUAAUACAUUUCAAAGCACAA